CUCCGGGUGUGCCGCAGAGGCCGCUGGAGAGGAGGCGUGCCGCCGCCCGCCCGCCGUGUCCUCCGCCGCUCCCAGCGCCCGGCCGGAGCCCGGCACCCGGUCCUCGUCGCGCUCGGCCCCGAGGGCAUGCGGCAGCCGCAGGGGUCCCCGCUCCCGGGCUCGGCGGCGGGCGAGCGUGAGGCGGAUGUUCAGUCCUUCUCCACAAUGAAUGAGUGUUACUAUGAUAAGCGGAUGGACUUUUUUUACAAUAGGAGCAACACAGACACUGCCGAUGAGUGGACGGGAACGAAGCUUGUGAUUGUUUUGUGUGUUGGAACAUUUUUCUGCCUGUUUAUUUUUUUUUCGAAUUCUCUAGUCAUCGCAGCAGUGAUCAAAAACAGAAAGUUUCAUUUCCCCUUCUACUACCUGUUGGCUAACCUAGCUGCUGCGGAUUUCUUUGCUGGAAUUGCCUAUGUAUUCCUGAUGUUUAACACCGGCCCCGUUUCAAAAACUUUGACUGUCAACCGCUGGUUUCUCCGCCAGGGGCUCCUGGACACUAGCUUGACCGCCUCUCUGACCAAUUUGCUGGUUAUUGCUGUGGAGAGACACAUGUCAAUCAUGAGGAUGCGGACCCACAGCAACCUGACCAAAAAGAGGGUGACGCUGCUCAUUUUGUUUAUCUGGGCCAUCGCCAUCUUUAUGGGGGCGGUCCCCACACUGGGUUGGAAUUGCCUCUGUGACAUCUCCGCCUGCUCUUCCCUGGCCCCCAUUUACAGCAGGAGUUACCUCGUUUUCUGGACUGUGUCCAACCUCGUGGCCUUCCUCAUCAUGGUCGUGGUGUAUCUGCGGAUCUACGUCUAUGUCAAGAGGAAAACCAGUGUUUUGUCUCCACAUACAAGUGGGUCCAUCAGCCGCCGGAGGACGCCCAUGAAGCUGAUGAAGACCGUGAUGACUGUCUUAGGGGCCUUCGUCGUGUGCUGGACCCCGGGCCUGGUAGUUCUGCUGCUCGACGGCCUGAAUUGCACGCAGUGCGGCGUGCAGCACGUGAAAAGGUGGUUCCUGCUGCUGGCGCUGCUGAACUCCGUCAUGAACCCCAUCAUCUACUCCUACAAGGACGAGGACAUGUACAGCACCAUGAAGAAGAUGAUCUGCUGCUGCUUUCAGGAGAAGAACCCAAACAGACGCCCCUCCCGCAUCCCCUCCACCAUCCUGAGCAGGAGUGACACAGGCAGCCAGUAUAAGGAAGACAGUAUCAGCCCAGGCACAGUUUGCAGCAAGAACAGUUCCUAAGCUGUGGGUGUCCCCGUGCCCACCAGGGCCUCCUCUGGGAGAGGAGCUGUUAAGAAUGGCUACCUGUCUCUAACAACACCCAC